GAGGAAGAGAACAGAUCACUCGAGGAGGGACGUUAAAGCCGCUCGCGCGGAAUCGUUCCUUCCACUUGGUCUCCACCACCAAGACAGCCGCAGGAAGGUGACAGCUGCAAGCAAGAGCUAAUUGGGUCUACAACCCAAUUCAAGGAAACAGGUUGUCAAGCGCGGCAUGAAUGCUUUCUUACAACAUUAACGUUACUCAACUGUGUGACAGCAAAGUUCCUCUGCCCCGUGUAACACACCUCAGUCAGAAUGGCUGAAGAGGAGUUGAUGUUUACUAUGGAGGAGGUGGGCAGUGGCCAAGGAGUAGACAGGCCACGGAGGACUAUCACAUUUGGUGAUGCCCAUGUCAAUGCCAGUGAUGAUGACGAGGAAGAUGAGGAUUUCUACAUCUGUUCCAUCACAGACGACCUCUCCAACCCCACCAGAGAAGUCUGUGAAUACCUGAAGAACCUUGUACACAACAAGCAGCUGUCCAACUCCCUGCCCAAAGAUGCUUUUGCUCACAGAAGCAAAGGGCAGUCAGACCCAGAGAAGCGGGAGGUCAGGUUUGGGUCGUUGACUGAGACAGGUCGGUCCAAGUGGAAGCGUGCCAUUGAGAAGGCUCGGACCAUGCCUGACCCCUGGGCAGAGUUCCAUCUGGAGGAGGUGCAGAAGGAGCCCUGCAUCCGAUACAGAUACAAUGCUGUCACCAGUGAAUGGGCGCAGGACACCGUGCACAUCAAGAUGUCUGGCCAGCCCUUCGGAAGAGGAGCCAUGAGAGAAUGUUACAGAACGAAGAAACUCUCAAACUUCUCCCACAGCAACAACUGGAAAUCGGCAUGCAACUACGUGGCAAAACGUUACAUGGAGCCAGUGGAUCGUGACGUUUAUUUUGAGGACGUUCGGUUACAGAUGGAGGCCAAGCUGUGGGGGGAGGAGUACAACCGUCACAAGCCGCCCAAACAGGUGGACAUCAUGCAGAUGUGUGUGAUUGAGAUGGCACAGCGACCUGGCAAACCGCUGUACCAUCUGGAACAUUACAUCGAGGGCAAGUACAUCAAGUACAACUCCAACUCAGGCUUUGUGCGAGACGAUAAUAUUCGCCUCACUCCACAGGCAUUCAGUCAUUUUUCGUUUGAGCGCUCCAGUCACCAGCUGAUUGUGGUUGACAUCCAAGGCGUGGGUGACAUCUACACAGACCCCCAGAUUCACACGUCACUAGGCACCGACUUUGGGGAUGGGAACUUGGGUGUCCGUGGUAUGGCCUUAUUCUUCCACUCUCACUUGUGCAAUUCAAUUUGUAAAAGUAUGGGUCUCUCAGCCUUUGACCUGUCCCCCCAAGAGAAGAGCCAGCUGGACUGCACCAACAAGCUGCUGCAAUCAGCACAUACGGUGUUGCGCGGCUGUGAGGAGAUCUGUGGCUCCCCCCGUGUCCGGACCAGCUCCUUUAACAGGGCGCCCCUUCUGCUCUCCCGGCUCUCCGAGACCUCCUCAGCAGAUGACAACAUGAGCGACGCCGAGUCCAGCCCCUGCUCCCCUUACGGAAUGGGCUCCAUGGGCUCCAUGGACACCAGGUCACCUCUGGGCUGGUCAAUUUCAAACGAGUCCAACGACACUGAUCACCAAGACUCGGAAAACGGAGGAGACAGUGGCUAUCCUAGCGAGAGACGGAGUGAAGGGGAUCCGGCGGACCAUGCUGAUAAGGUUCGCCCCAACUACUUCAGACAUUACUCUGAGUCGGAUGAGGACAGUGCUCGUCGGAAAAUGGUGGUUAAUGCCAGCAAGCUCUCUCAAGCUGCAGACAGUCCUCAGGUUCAAUCGCUCACAGAUGAGAAGUGGAGUUUCUACCACUCGUCUCGGUCACACAUCCACCGACCCUCCUGUGUCGCUGUGGAGGUGGAGAGACUCAACUCUCUCGUGCAGGAGAGGAAGAUUGGCAAGUCCAUUUUGGGCAAGGUCCAUCUUGCGAUGGUGCGCUACCACGAGGCAGGUCGGUUCUGUGAGAAGGACCAGCCGUGGGACGAGCCCUCUGCCGUCUACCACCUGGAGCGGGCAGCCAUGUGUGAGGAGCUGGAGGCCAUCGUGGCCUUGGGCCAGUGCUACCUCCAGCUGCCCCACCAUGUCCUCCCUGAGAUCGAACUGGAGGACAGUGAGGAGAAUAGGAAGAAAGGGUUCAGCUACCUCCUGCUGGCUGCUGAGGCUGGCGACAGGCCCAGUAUGAUUCUAGUCGCCAGGGCUUUCGACAACGGUCUCAACCUUCCAUCCGGCAGGGAACAGGACUGGGCAGAGGCUGUUCAUUGGUAUGACGGCGCCCUCAACAUGACCGAUUUUGAUGAGGGUGGUGAGUUUGACGGCAUGCAGGAUGAACCACGCUACCUCCUGCUGGCCAGAGAGGCAGAGAUGUACCAGGAAGGGGGCUUCGGCUUGGACGCAGAUCCCUCAAGAGCAGGUGACCUCUUCACAGAAGCAGCAGACGCAGCCAUGGAGGCAAUGAAGGGACGCCUGGCCAAUCAGUACUACAUGAAGGCAGAAGAGGCAUGGGCAAUGAUGGAGGAAUGAGAAAGCCCCAUCACUCCAUUGGCCAGUGUUCCCAUUACCAAAAGAGAAAUGUUUACAAGCAGUUUGUUCAAAUGUGUUAACAGUGUUGACCUGUGACGAUUGUCUGGUGUUUAACAGAAAAUAAGCAGAUGUCUGGGUGAAAAUAAGCAGAUGUCUGGGUGGUGCUCUUGUCUUGGGCUAGUGUCUCACUCUCCCUCCCCCUCCAUGCUGACCCAACUUUGUUCAGGAGCCUGUAUUCCUUAUGCAUCUUUUUUUUGUUGGGCAAUAGUGGUUUACCUGAGGAGCUUUUCAGGAUCAAAUGUUUACUUCAACUUUUCCUAAUUUUGUAUAGUUUGUAUGUAUGGAAGCUAGAAAGGAGCCUGCACACCUUGAUGGGUUAUACUCCAGGUGCAGCUAUUUCACAAAAUAUUCACUUAAGAAAAGGAGAAAAGAACACUGAAGGUCUGACUCACCAAAUCGUUAGUUCAUCAAUACAUCGGAUGCACCUUGGAGCACGCAGUGCUUUCUUUUCUUUUUCUCCUAAAUAGUUUGUAAGACAUUGUGCAUGUAAGAAUAUGUAUGAUUUUGCCAUGGCUGCAUGAAUGCUUCUGAUGAAGACUUGGUCUGUAUGAAUACUUGGUAUUUGUUGUCUCAACGAAUAUGGAAAUAAAAUAAAUAUUUUUAACCCUA